AUGAAGAGGGUCUCCCCUAACCUUGUUACUACUAUAGAGAACAUUCACAGAAGCUUUAAAGAGUGGUCUGAAGCUCAGUCUGAUUAUGACACUCCCCCAGAUGAGCCUCGGAGACCUACUGCAAGCAAAUUGUGGCAUCCUCCCCCUCCAAAUGUGGUAAAAGUUAACAUUGAUGCAGCUUGGAAGAUGAGUAACCAACACAGUGGGAUUGGUCUAGUGGUGCGUAACCAUAGGGGUUGUUCUAUUGCUGGUGCAAGUCUCUUGUGCUCCCAUAAUUCUGUUGUUGAGGCCGAGGCUGACUCGGUGGUUAAAGGUCUUCAAAUUGCAAGGUUUCUGAAUUUGAAAAAUGUUAUCAUUGAGGGUGAUUGCCAGGAGGUCAUUAGGUCUCUCUCUUCCCCAACUUUCACUCCCAAUUGGAAAAUUCUACCUAUUCUCAAUAGAGUGAAGUUUCUGUUGCCUGCCUUUGAUGAGGUGUUAUGGAACUGGGUUCCCCGUGAAGCUAACCGGGUUGCUGACGCAGCGGCGAAGCUUGCCAUGGUGAGGUUGUGCUCUUCGGACUGGGCUAAUACGCCUCCAACCUCCCUCCUUCAUAUUCUUAGGAGCGAUGGCCCCCCUGACUGA